AGAGUAAACAAACCACUCACGUGUUUCCAGUGACAAUCUGACAUGUUUAGCAAGGCGGCGGCGCUUGUGGGAAGGCUCAAUAGCCAUGGCAUGCGGUCUGGAACAGAUGACAUGCGCUGGCUGCGAUGUCGUUUUAUGGUAACCGGUGUGACAAGAGGUGUGAGCAUGGUUGAGAAUGGGAUACUUGCAAUCAGUCUCCGGGAACGACAAGCCAACAUCAGCAAACAAAAGCGUGUUGCGUUCACGUUGAUCGCUGCAGGCGCAUGGCACAUUUUUGGAGGGCUCACGUGAAUUCUAUCCGGAAUGGUAUAAAAAGAAAGCUCAAGGUUUACCUUGCCAUCCCCACGUCCUUUCAUGGACUCAGGAGUGGCCCAUUUUUCCCUUAGCCUCCCUCGUAUUGACACUCUGACAACAUUUGGUGGAAAUGCAGGAAAUCGGCCACCGCUCAAUCACACCCCAUCCUCAGCACUGGACCCACACAAUGCAACAAGUCCUUCCCCCUCAGCAUCUCUGUUGGUGUAUCACAGGAGCACGAAGUGGUAGCUCCACAUACCGAUGCAGAAAUGCGCACGGCACCCAGUUCAGCGCCUGGGUAUAUAAUUCUGCCAUUGUUUAUUGACAGACUGGCUUGUGACCAGAAACUAGAGCCUGCACAAAGGGAAAGCCUACAUGAUUUUGUCAAGGAGGAUUGACUAAACCAGACAUGGCCACUCGCUUAUACCUCCUGGCAGCAUUAUUUGGCGAAGUGGCAGAACGGCGUCGACAAGCCAGAAACAGCCCAUUUGCUGGUGAAAAUAUCAGGGCCUUGUUUGCAGACUUGAAGAUACGCUUAGAGGACAGUUUCUGUUUUACAGCCGAGCAAAAGGCCAAUAUCCGAAUUAUUGCACAAAACAUCAUCUUUCAACCCACCCGCACAGGAUUCAAAUCAAUCAACAUUGAAGUUGAGAAAACAUUACAAAUAGAAAAGGAAAACAUGAGGUUGAUGAAUGUGUUUUGUAUACCGGCACGAGAACGUCAGCUGGCAGCUGGAAUAAGAGAUGUCUGUUCAAGUGUUCGGAAUAAUUUUAGGCAGGAUAUUCGAGACAGUAUCACUGGGCCAAAAGCUGUUGAAGUCGCCAAAUUCACUUACAGCAUGGCACUGAAAUACAAAAGAGGGCGGAUAGGUGACAAACCGGACACCGCAUAUACAUUCCAUAUUGCGUUACUGGUGUUUGAUUUACAUGAGUUUUAAUUUGUUUUCUGACAGAUAUCACUGCAAAGGUGUUUCGGCUAUGAACACAUGGAGCUCAUCAGUAGCGCAGCAAUAGAGAGUGAGGAAUAUGGAGGCAACUUGGAUGAUGUGAAUGAAUGGCCCAGGAAAAAAAGUAAAGGACAAACAGGUGGCUGUGUCACCCAGGGAGAGGACUUCUGGGGUCAAGUGGACUCGUGGUUUGUGAAGGGGAUGUCAAUUUGAGGGCGAAACCUGAAGGGUGCCGAGUGGAAAGAAUGCAUGUGAUGUUGACUGAUGUUGUUAAUCAUUGAUAGGGUCAAUCACUGGCCAGAACGUGGCUAUGAUGUGAUCCCACCUUGAAAGAGAUUGUUCACGAUUAAAACCAGUGAAAGCUGGGUCCAGGUCUGCCCCGGAGGGCCAUGCUAUGCCAUAUUCUAGUUAUAUAAUUCCAUUCAAACCGUAUCCACCCAGGCAAAAUUCCUGCGACCAGGAAUAAAUGGAAUCACAUUGUCAAGAUAAUCCUGGGAUGAUGGUAGGGGGAGCAGAGACGGAAAUAUGUAGAAUGAGACGACAUGGGCGGGUGUUGGAGCGUCUCCGUAAUCAAAUUGGGGUUAUGAAAACUUCGUCCCAGGUCUUGGGCAAUGACGGCAGUGCACGUAGGAAAGCUUUGAACCACAUCUCGUAAAAUCUAUCUCCGAGUGUCGUUAGAGAUUCAACCAAGUUGGUUGAGUCAACGCCUUUGGCAACCUUCGGACCUUCGUCC